AUGUCGCAAGACACGGGUUUGUUUAGCAUCAAGCGGCCCCGCGAAUCCUUGGCACAGACGCUGGGAAGUGUGCAGAAUUUCUCUUCCUUACCUCAGCCAUCAUCUGCGCUGAAACGACCGAGUUCAAUUGGCGCUCAUCAAAAUCCUCCGUUCACGUCUCAGCACUCGCGUUCAACGUCCCUUUUCAACUCACUAGGCCGGCUUCAGCAACCGAAUUUCCAGCGUUCAUCCUCAGGCGGCAGUUUCGGCCCCGAUGCUGGUCUUUCUUCUGUCAGGCGAUCCGUCUCCAACAACGUGUUCCAGAAUACCGGAGUUGGACGACUCAGCUAUGCUCCUAAUUCGUUUCCUACCAACAGCGCCUCGCAGAAAAAUCCUCAACGGAGGAGCAGCGUUUUUUCACGGCCAUCCGUGGCUGGGGGGCCGAUGGCCCACCAAUCGUUCUUCACCCAAGGGCCUGUUCCUGCAGGUGUUCCGAAAGAUCCACGCCCCCUAAGAGAUCGAUCUUUUCAAGCACGGAUUGCUCAAGAGCUUCUUGAAUACUUAACCCACAACAACUUUGAAUUGGAAAUGAAACACUCCUUAGGGCAGAAUUCUCUGAAAUCACCAACGCAAAAGGAUUUUACCUAUAUUUUCCAGUGGCUUUAUCGCCGAAUCGACCCAAGCUACAAGUUUCAGAAAAGCAUUGAAGCUGAAGUGCCGCCAAUUUUGAAACAGUUGCGCUAUCCUUACGAGAAAAGUAUAACCAAGUCGCAAAUCGCUGCAGUGGGUGGUCAAAACUGGUCAACUUUUCUUGCUAUGCUUCAUUGGAUAAUGCAACUUGCGAAGAUGCUGGAUCAUUAUUCUGUCGGUGAAUAUGACGAUGCAUGUGCUGAAGCUGGUGUGGAUAUAUCGGGAGAUCGUAUCAUUUUCCGAUUCUUGACUGGAGCCUAUCAUGAUUGGUUGCAGGGUGGCGAGGAUGAAGACGACGAUAUAGCUGAGAAACGGCUCGUUCCCCAUGUUGAAGCUAUGGCAGCUGAAUUCGAGCAGUCAAAUGAGAAAUAUGUUCGAGAACUCGAAGUUUUGGAAGCUGAAAAUCGAGCUCUUCGCGAUCAGCUUGAGGACCUAGAGAAGAACGCUCCGGAUAUGGCAAAGCUUGACAAGCACUUUAGGAUUCUCGAAGAUGACAAACGCAAGUUUGAGGAUUACAACUUAAAUGUCCAGGGAAAAAUUGACAAGUACAAGAGUCGCAUUCAGUUCCUUGACGAAGAGAUCAAGAAAACUGAAGACGAGUUACAGGCGGCUGAAGAAGAAAGGUCUGGACUCCAGGCAAGCGUCGAUAGCCAGGGUAUAACGAUUCAGGAUAUUGAUCGCAUGAACACUGAGCGUGAGCGGCUGCAGCGAAGCCUUGAGGACACUGCAGGCCGGCUGGAGGAAGCGCACUCACGUGUUAUGGAGAAAGAAACUGAAGCGAACCAGAAGCUUGAAGAUCUGGAACAAGUGGUGAAAAUAUACAAUACGCUAGGUUAUCAAAAUAGUCUGAUUCCAGAGUCAGCCGUCAAUGCCAAGGGCGAAGACUACGAGAUUCGUCUAAACGUGAAUGAAGCGAGCUUCUCUUCCUCGCAAAUGGGCGGCUCACAGAAUCAGGGCUCACCAGAAGGCUAUCGACUUCUUGCGGACGCGAAUAACGGUUACCAGCCAGUGCAUUUAGUGAAGCUUGACCUCCGAGGGGUCGUUCGUGCAAAUUUGAUCUCUUUCCGAAAGGACAUCAAUGAGCGGAGGAAGAAAUUCGCGGAAAGAGAUAUGGCCGAUCGUGACCUCCUCAACGACAUCAAGGAAGCCAUGGACGAGAAGCGUAGUGAAAUUGAGGCCUUGGAACACCGGAGACGUGCCGCCGAGGAGGAAUUUGAGCGCACCAAAGAGAUUACAACAACGCAAAAGGUCCAGUCUGACGCUCAGAUCGAAAAAAUGGAAAAAGAGCUGGCAAAAAUGCGCGCGUCACUAAUUGAAAGCGUCCAACUCAUGGAACAACGGGAAAUGAACACGGAUGUCGAAUAUGAACAGCUUACAUUACGUGCAAACCAACUUCGGGAAGAGCUACACACCGGAGUAGAGAGCAUGUUGAACGAUAUAAUUCGUUUCAAAGUUCAUGUACAGAAAGGACUGGAAGAUUAUGAGAGCUUCGUGGUCGAAGAAGUCGAACAGGAACUAGGCGGCGACUUUCAGUCAGUCGAAGACCCAGAAAUGGCUGAAGCUGACGAACUAUAA